GUGAAGGCAAGAUUUGCUUCUGUUGUGAAGAAUUUCAACCAGCCAAAUGCACAGACAAAGAAAAUGCCUUGAAACUCUUUCCAGUUCAGCCUUGCAGUGCUGUUCACCUUCUACUUAAGAAAGUCCUGUUCGCCCUGUGUGCCUUGAAUGCCCUGACCACCACAGUGUGCUUGGUGGCUGCUGCCCUUCGUUACCUCCAGAUAUUCGCCACCAGAAGGCCAUGCAUCGAUGAAUCCCAGAUGUCUGCUGAAGACGUGGAUGAGCAUGGACGGAUCCCAGACCCAGAUGACUUUGUGCCGCUGGUGCCUCCCCCUUCCUACUUCGCCACAUUUUACUCAUGCACACCUCGAAUGAACCGCAGGAUGAUUGGUCCUGAUGUCAUUCCACUGCCGCACAUCUACGGAGCAAGAAUCAAAGGUGUGGAAGUGUUCUGUCCUCUGGACCCCCCACCUCCGUAUGAAGCUGUAGUGAGCCAGAUGGACCAGGAGCAGGAGUCUUCAUUCCAAAUGCCUGAAGGACCAGAAGCUGCUGCAAGGCCACUAGAGCCUGUUUGCACACAAGCAACUCAAGGUGGGGAUGUUCCUAACAUACCUGCUGAAGAAAACACGUCUGUAUCAACUUCCAUUUCCAACCUGGCACAUCCUCCCAGAAGUCGGAGAGCCUUCCUACCUCUGAGGACAAGAUCAAAGAGUGACCCUGUGCUACACCAUUCAGAGGAAAGAGCUAUCCCAGUGCUCAGCUGCGAAGCUGCAACUCAGACAGAAAGGAGGCUGGAUCUGGCCACUGUGACUCUGAGGCGAGGCGUGAGACCACGGGCAUCCAGAUGCAGGCCCCGAUCUUUGAUAGAUUACAGAUCUUACAUAGACACCAAGCUGCUGGUGGCCAGGUUCCUGGAGCAGUCUUCCUGUAGCAUGACCCCGGACAUCCAUGAACUUGUAGAAAAUAUAAAAUCUGUUUUGAAGUCCGACGAGGAGCACAUGGAAGAAGCCAUCACAAGUGCCGGUUUCCUAGAACAGAUAAUGGCCCCGCCCCAGCCCAGAGCUUCCCAGGCCCUCACACUGCCCUCAAGGAGACAGCCUGGCGUGCUGCACCUGCGCAGCUGUGGAGACCUGAGUACCUUCGCCCUGGCCGGAAGACCGAGAGCUGAGAGGCCACAGCGGCGAGCGGAGGCUGAGAGGCCACACAGCCUCAUCGGUGUCAUCCGAGAGACUGUUUUGUGAACCAAGGGAAGGCCAGUCCAAGGGAAGGGUGUCCCUGCUCUGUGCUGUUUACUGGCUGGGAGUUGGGGUCCCAUUCUGGGAUCCCUUCAAGAAGGGGCCCUCGGGGAGAAUACCCAUUCCUGCUUUUUGGCUUCUUUUUUUUUUGGCUGAUGAGAGCACUCAGGUGAACUUGGGUGAAAUAGGUUCUUCCUGGCGGUUUGGGUCUUCUAGUCACCCUUUGAGUUUUUGUGCUACAGAUUGAGGGUGAAGGCUGUGAGCUCUCCUUCCUCUGUUGCAUCUUGCAGCAUCCCCGAGGGGCACACGCUGGAUAUGGGCAGGAACCAGUAUCAGGAGUCUUUGGCUGCCUUACCCCUAUGCCUCUUGUCAGUGCCAAGUUCAUUCUGUCAUUGUAAGGACAGAGAUGCUGGGCUGCUAUUUAUAGUUGCCUGCAGCCUUUGGCUGCUCAGGGAGAGGAGUUGGCAGGCGACAUGGUCUUUAAUCCCACGUGACUGCAGCCCUCAAGCCUCCUCCAGGUCACCCUCCAAUCCCAUUCUCUUCAGGAAAAGCAGGAGACUUAACUAAGUGGCAGUUUUUAAUGAAGGCAUUAAGGGAGAGGACUCUGCUGGUUCCAUUUAUUCAUGCUUGCAAACUAGAACAUGUAAGGCAGACCAGAGAAUAAACCAUUGACUUUGGACUUCUG